CUUCCGGCAAGACGGGCUCGGGAUCCAAACGGGCCGGCUCGCAAGGCUGCGGCGAGAUGACCACGCUCCGGGCCUUCACAUGUGACGACCUGUUCCGCUUCAACAACAUUAAUUUGGAUCCACUUACAGAAACUUAUGGGAUUCCUUUUUACUUACAGUACCUCGCUCACUGGCCAGAGUAUUUCAUCGUUGCAGAGGCACCUGGUGGGGAGUUGAUGGGUUACAUUAUGGGUAAAGCAGAAGGUUCAGUAGCAAGGGAAGAAUGGCACGGGCAUGUCACCGCUCUGUCCGUUGCCCCAGAAUUUCGACGCCUUGGUUUGGCUGCUAAACUUAUGGAGUUAUUAGAGGAGAUUUCAGAAAGAAAGGGUGGAUUUUUUGUUGAUCUUUUUGUGAGGGUAUCCAAUCAGGUUGCAGUGAACAUGUAUAAGCAGCUGGGCUACAGUGUGUACAGGACCGUCAUAGAGUACUACUCUGCCAGCAAUGGGGAGCCCGAUGAGGAUGCUUAUGAUAUGAGGAAAGCACUUUCCAGGGACACUGAGAAGAAAUCCAUUAUACCAUUACCCCAUCCUGUGAGGCCUGAAGACAUUGAAUAACCAUGGGCAGUGGUUCUUAGGCUGAGGCUCCAGAUUUUUUAUGGACUGUAGUUUUUUCAUUAAAUAAUCUUGGAGCUUUAUUAGGAGAAAAGUAAUAUUUAGGUCUUAAAGACUUAAAAAAAUACAGGUUAUAAACUUACUUUAAAUCUUAUUUCCAGUUAGCAAUGUCAAACCUACUAAAGCUGUUCACUAUAAUAAAACUGAAUCAAAAAAGCAGGUAGGUCAGAAGGAAAUGUUCCACUGUUCAUAGUUAAUAACAUUCACUGUACAUUAGGGAAAAAACUUGCUCCACUCUCCUCCUAAAUUACGUGCCUGAGAACCACUGCUGCAUAUAUAUAUAUAUAUAUAUAUAUAAAAUUUUUUAUUGAAUUUAAUUAAUUGAAGCUUUAAAAACAUAUGAAAUGUAUAAAUCUAUGCUGUAUAAUAAAAUGCAUUGUGACCCUAUGAA